CUCAUUGUCCACGGAUUUCAGGACUCCGAGCCUUCCGUCGCCUCUCUGUCGUCGAGUAUCCUCGAAUACCAGAGGGAAAAUGGCCGACGCUACCAUGCUCUAAGCCGUGGGAAAUAUGUCCUUCCCAAUGACGAGGACGAGAAUAACAGACUUGACCUCCAGCAUGAGCUCUACGUCCGAACCAUGCACGGAGAGCUGGCUCUUUGCCCCAAAGCUCAAGGCGCCCGCAAUGUCCUCGACAUGGGCACAGGAACUGGGCAGUGGGCAAUAAGCUAUGGUAUGGGCACCACACCACACUUCCCAACUAUUCCUUGUAUGAUCCUGGGCUCUUCCCUCGUGGGUAGCCCUGUAACAGUCUGUAAUACUGACCUUGAACCUGCAGCGGAUCUCCAUCCUGAGGCUCAUGUUAUUGGCGUCGAUUUGAGCCCUAUACAACCAGACUUUCACGACUCCAUCUCGCAGCCAAUUGCGUCGUAUGGCACUCGCGACGACUCCCGACCCGCAUAUGCUGACUCCGUGCUCUCUGCCGCCCACCUCAGCGUCCCUCCAAACCUCAACUUCGAAAUCGACGAUCUUGAAAAAGAAUGGACCUGGUCCCACAAGUUCGACUUCAUAUUUGCCCGCAUGAUGCUUGGCUGCUUCGAGAAUCUUCCCGCAAUGAUGAAGGUGGCCUAUGACAACCUCGAGCCCGGAGGCUACAUCGAGUUCCAGGACAUGGCUCUCCCCGCCCGAUCUGACGACGGCACCCUUGACCCCAACAGCUACCUCUCCAAAUGGUGCGAUGCCUGCCUCGAGGCUGGCCAGAACCUGGGACGUCCCGUGUGGCCCGUCGUCGAGUACAAAAAUUACCUGGCCGAUGCAGGCUUUGAGUGCAUCGUUGAAGUGCAGAAGAAGUGGCCCACUAACACUUGGCCGCGGGACAGUAACUUCAAGGAACUGGGGAUGUGGGCCUACGCUAAUAUCGCGGGUAGCCUCGAGGGCCUUUCACUUGCUUAUUUCGCUCGUGGUCUUGGCUGGACGCCCGACGAGAUUCGUGUUUUCUGUGCGCAUACCCGCAAGGAUCUGAAGGAUCCCAAGAUCCACGCUUACUGGCCGAUUUAUGUUGUCUACGGACGGAAGCCUUUCGACGCUUAG